CUUAUUGCGUAAAAAACAUGUCGGAAUGAUCGUGUAUUGAGUAGUUCGAUCAUCCCUUUCAAAAAAUGGCGAGAUUUAUUGCCCAAAUAAUCAUUCUCGGGGGUCAAGUUAUCGGACGAGCGUUUGCACAAGCCCUGCGUCAGGAGUUUCAAAGUGGAGCUGCAGCUCAGAAAGCAUCAAAGGGUGCCCAAGAAGGUGCUAAAAGAGCAGCCUCAAACAGUGUUAUGGGACUGAGUUUAGAGGAAGCUAAACAGAUCCUCAAUGUUCAAGAUCUGAACUCAGAAUUAAUUACAAAGAAUUAUGAUCAUUUGUUCAAAAUCAAUGAAAAGAAGGCAGGAGGAUCAUUCUACCUACAAUCAAAGGUAUACAGAGCAAAAGAACGACUAGAUGAGGAGUUGAAAAUGCAAGAAAAUGAAAAUGACAAGCAAAAACAGAACAAUAGUGGUGAAUUUGAUACGUGACAGUUGUCUCAUAUGAACAUUAUAGCACAGUGUGGUACUUUUUGCCUUGGAUUCUCCACACAAAAAAAUAGCAAUGUCAAUAUUGUGCUGUCUGCAUUUAUACAAUGACAUGCAGUCAAAGUGCAAGUAAUGAAAUAGUUUUUUUAGUCACAGGGUUACUUGUACUACACAUACCACAAAACUAUAUGCCCCUAGCUGUAUGUGAGAGAAAAGAAGUUCUGAAAGGAAUUUAUGGCUAUCUUUUCUCGGUCAUUGAUUUACAUUCUAUGCUUGAUUCUCUUCUUUCUUGGCUUGAAAGGGAAAUUUUGUGUGAUUUUUAGUUAUUUAUCACUGUACAGUACAGCUUUAGUUGUUCAUUUGUAGCCACUGAUACUAUUCUAACAGCUAUAGCCUCUUUCAAGGGUGGAAUAUUGUUGAAAGCUAUUGAGAAUAAAUGUUGAUUUUGUGACAUUGCUGCUUUGUUAAAGUUCCACCCACAUGUGGAUCACUAAAUAUUUGAUUACUUCAUGCUGUAUUGAGGUUGGCUUGUUUGUGUACUUAAAGUUUUUUUUCCUUUGAUGUUAAAUACCUGGGAGAAAUGUAUAUUCUUUGCUUGUGAUGCUACAACAGUCAUACUUGAGUUUCUGCUUAUGAAAUGGGAUGUAGAUCUCAUCUGUGUUGAAGUUUUAUGGAUGAUAAGGUAGCUACUGAAAAUAAUAGUUUGCUGGUACUGUGGUUUUGCCAAAAUAGAACAAUAAAAUGUAAACCUGUUACCCUUUAA